AUGUCCAGUGAUCUAGCAGCUGAAUUGGGGUUUGAUCCAACCUUAAAGAAGAAGAAGAAGUCAAAGAAGGUAGCUACAGAAAACUGCGAUGAAACUGCUUCUGACAAGCCAGCCACAGAAUCAAAUGAAGAUGAUUUAUUUGCUGGUAUGAAGAAAAAGAAGAAGAAGUCUAAGUCAACUUCUAAGAGCGCUGAUGCUAUUAACGGUGAAAUUGAUGAAGCCUCUGAAGCUUUGGGCGAAUUAAGUUUAAAGAAGAAAAAGAAGAAGAAGACUAAGGAAGCUAAUCUAGAUGAAUUUGAAAAAGAGUUGGCUAAAGCUGGUGUUGUUGUUGAUGAAAAUAAAGAAGAAACUCCAUCUAAUGAAUCUACUUUGCAAGAAGAUAUAGGUCUACCAUACCAAGAUUUAUUAUCUAGAUUUUUCACUAUUUUAAGAGCUAACAACCCUGAAUUAGCGGGCGAUAGAUCAGGUCCUAAAUUCAAAAUUCCACCACCAGUUUGUUUGCGUGAUGGUAAGAAAACUAUUUUUGCUAAUAUUGAAGAUAUUUCAGAAAAAUUGCAAAGAUCUACUGAACAUUUAAUUCAAUAUUUAUUUGCUGAAUUAGGUACCUCAGGUUCUGUUGAUGGUCAAAAGAGAUUAGUUAUCAAAGGUAAGUUUCAAUCUAAACAAAUGGAAAGUGUUUUAAGAAGGUAUAUUAUGGAAUAUGUUACAUGUAAGACUUGUAAGAGUAUUAACACUGAAUUGAAGAAAGAACAAUCUAAUAGACUGUUCUUCUUGGUCUGUAAGAGUUGUGGUUCUACCAGAUCUGUUUCCUCUAUUAAGACCGGUUUCCAAGCUACUGUCGGUAAGAGAAGAAAGAUGUAA